CCUUCAGGGUCUGGCAUGGCUCACCUGAUGACAGCUCAGUUGCUGCUCCUGCUGAUAUGGGUGGCCCAAUCAACAACUACUCGGGCCAGAACUGACCUGCUCAAUGUUUGCAUGGAUGCCAAGCACCACAAAGAAAAGCCAGGCCCUGAGGACAAUUUACACAACCAGUGCAGUCCCUGGAAGAAGAAUUCCUGCUGUUCCACCAACACAAGCCAGGAAGCCCACAAGGACAUUUCCUACCUGUACCGAUUCAACUGGGACCACUGUGGAAAGAUGACAUCGGAAUGCAAACGGCAUUUUAUCCAGGAUACCUGUCUCUAUGAGUGUUCUCCUAACCUGGGACCCUGGAUUCAGCAGGUGGACCAGAGCUGGCGCAAAGAGCGAAUCCUUGAUGUUCCCCUGUGCAAUGAGGACUGUCAGCGAUGGUGGGAGGACUGCCACACCUCUUUCACUUGCAAGAGCAACUGGCACAAGGGAUGGGACUGGACCUCAGGGCAUAACCAGUGCCCUGUGGGAGCCUCCUGUCACCCCUUCGACUUCUAUUUCCCUACACCUGCUGCUCUGUGUGAGGAAAUCUGGAGUCACUCCUACAAACUCAGCAACUACAGCCGGGGGAGUGGCCGCUGCAUCCAGAUGUGGUUCGACCCAGCCCAAGGCAACCCCAACGAGGAGGUGGCAAGGUUCUACGCAGAGGCCAUGAGUGGAGCUGGGUUUCAUGGGGCCUGGCCACUAAUGUGCAGCCUGUCCUUAGUGCUGCUCUGCGCAUUCAGCCUAGCUCCUUUUACCUUGUGAUGCCGAGGACCUUCCUGCCUGGCUUAGCCUCCCAGCUCCCAGCCUCCCUUGUGGUGGGGCCUCUGACUGUUUAAAUAAACCAGACAUUCAACAUC